AUGCUGCCGCGCCUGAAACGUCACGAGGCCCUUGACAAGGACAUGGCGGAUGCCGCGCUGUUUGAAUUCUGUGGGGUCUUCGUGGUGGCUGACGUGAUCAAGCAGUACCUUCGAGAGCUGCGCGAACCAAUCCUGACACGCGAGUUCGUGAAAAACUGGCCCUCCAAGCCAACUUCAAGCGUUGCCUACUCACUUAUGCAAGACCACUUGCCCGAAGUCAAUAGAAAGAAUCUCAUUCUGAUUGUCCAAUUCCUCGGCAAGGUGGUUGACAGCCCGACAUCGAAGAUGACGCCCGAAAAUCUAGCCACGACGCUUUACAUGAACUUUUAUCGGCAAAACUCCGAAGACACUUGUGGAGUCACUGAUUUCGGCGUGGUAGCUCCCAUUAUCCAACUUCUUGCCAAAAAAGCCAAUAAAAUCGUGAAGGAUGAAAGUACGUUGUUCCAGCCAAUCAGCACGCAUCUCACUUACCCCCCUCCAAAGAAUCAGUCCAAAGAAGGCUAG